AUGGAAAAGGUGUGCCUUGAUGCUCCGAUGGUGCCAGGACUGCAGGAGCCAGCUCUAACUCCUGGGUUGCAGCCGAUCGGGGAAGCGCAGCCCGCCAAGCCACCGAAACCGAGAGUGCUUGGACCUUGGUGUGAGUUCCUUGCUGCCCCCGCCCCACCUACUCCAAGCGAGAGUACAGUGGAGCAGAUGAUGGCAUACAUGGCCAAGAUGGGCAAGGUUCACAUGACUUUCUAUCCAUGCGGGGGCGACGAAUGGGAGGAAGAUGAGGCAGUCAGCAAUUUUCUUACGGCAGGCAGGCCGAAGUUGUGCAAGAUGCAAUGCACUUCGCACACGGAGCGUCUCCAACUCGCAUUGUUGGACCAAAAGCAUGGAAUGGACCCAACUUUCCUCGAUGCGAAAGAGAAGUCCUUCCUGGAUGCGAUGAACCAGGAUGAAAAGCGCAGAAUGUUCUUCCUCACAGAUGAGGACAUGGCCAUCUUGGACGAAACCAAUGAAGGCGAAGACUUGAAAAUGCCAAGCUUGCCAUCUUCGUCCUCGUCAGCAAAACCGAAGACGCGUCCCUACCCUUUGUCAGAGCCUGUGGAGCACCCAGAAGAGCUAGCAGACAUCAUCAAGGACACUGUGAGCCGGUUCUUCACAUGGUAA